AUGGAGGAAGAAGAUAUUGUGAUCACUGGUUUCUCAGCCUACUUUCCGCAAGCGAACCACAUGGUAGAGUUCAAAGAAAAACUCUACGGUGGAGUGGAUAUGGUGACUGAGGAUGAUGCACGUUGGCCUCCAGGUCACCUGGGUCUGCCCAGGCGUCAUGGGAAGAUCCGAGACCUCUCCAAGUUCGAUGCUCAGUUCUUCGGCGUGCACGCGCGGCAGGCGCAAGUGAUGGACCCCCAGUUGAGGCUGUUGCUGGAAACAUCGUACGAGGCCAUAGUGGAUGCUGGUUACGACCCAGACACCCUGCGUGGCCGAAACGUGGGUGUUUUCAUAGGCUCGUCCGAAUGCGAGACGAGAUCUGUAUUCCAGGCGGAUGUGAAUAAUAUCGACGGCUACGAGACUCUUGGCGGCAGCCGCUCCAUGUUCUCGAACAGGAUUUCAUUCUGCCUGGAUUUUCACGGCCCCAGCAUGACAAUUGACACUGCCUGCUCAUCUUUGUUGAGUGCGCUGAACGAGGCUGUGCUGGCUAUCCGCUGCAAACGCUGCGACGCAGCCAUCGUUGGCGGAAGUUGCCUCACGUUGGAUCCCGCAUUGUCACUCAUGCUAAUGCGCAUAGGCGUACUAUCCAAGGAUGGAAAAUGCAAGGCUUUCGAUUCACAAGGCGAUGGAUACGCGCGCAGCGAAGCUGUAGGAGCAUUCUUUCUUCAGCGGCCGUCGGCUGCCCGGCGAGUAUACGCCAAGAUCAUCAAUGUCAGGGCAAACAUGGAUGGCUACAAAACCGAAGGCAUAGCAUUCCCUUCUGGCAGACUCCAAGAGCAACUUCUGAGAGAUGUGUACGCUGAAGCCGGAAUCGAUCCAAGUCAAGUAGGCUACGUCGAAGCUCACGGCAGUGGAACGAGAGUGGGGGAUGUGCAGGAGCUGGCUGCCAUUAGCAGCGUUUUCUGCAAGCCCGGCGAGAGGCCGCUCAAGAUCGGAUCCGUCAAAACUAGCGUUGGACACACGGAGGCUGCGGCAGGCAUCGUCUCCAUAGCAAAGGUGAUCCUGGCCUUUGAGACUGGGAUCAUCGCCCCAAACCUGCACUUCAAAGAACCAAACCCACACAUCCCAUCGCUACUGGAUGGCAGCAUUGAAGUUGUAAGCGUGCCGACACCCUUACCGGACGGUCCCGUUGGAAUUAGUUCCUAUGGUUUCGGCGGUGCCAACGUCCACGCAAUCCUUCAGUGCAACGACGGCACAUACGGAGACCACAUCGACAUUCUUCAGCGAAAAAAUCCGCAGCUUCCCAGGCUUGUUCUCUUGGCAGGCAGGUGCGAGGAAUCCUUGGUGAGAACCCUGAAUCGUGUAGAAGACGAAGGACCGUACCCAGACUCUACGUAUGCUCUGCUGAACGAAGUUGGACAACCCAGCGUCAGAAAAUUUCCCUGCCGUGGUUUCGUUAUUGUGCCUGUGGACGCCUCCGGAAAAGAAGCCAUCAAAAUGUCCUCAUGUUCUCCUUCAGAAAGGCGGCCCCUGUGGUUCGUCUUCACGGGCGUAGGCUGCCAGUGGGGUGGCAUGGCAACGCAGAUGAUGCAGUUUCACCCAUUUGCUCGUUCGAUUCAGAAAUCACACGACUUCUUACGGCGAUACGGCCUGGACCUUAUCCAUCUUUUGACUAGCGAGACUCCAGACGAAAAGAGGUGGACUCAUCUCUCAAUCGUGGCUGUGCAGGUGGCCUUAGUAGAUACGCUCUGCUCUUUGGGAAUUCAUGCCGACGGUGUUGUAGGACACUCAACAGGAGAGAUUGUUUGCGCGUACGCUGAUGGCUGCCUGAGUGCUGCGCAGGUCUUACAGUGUGCUUACUGGCGAGGCCGCUGCAUCGAGCUUGGGAACCUGCCCAAGGGGGCCAUGGCAGCCGUGGGGAUGACAUGGGACGAAGCAACAAAACGUUGCCCCUGUGACGUGCACCCUGCGUGCCACAAUGCUGAGGAUUCGGUAACCGUAUCCGGUCGUGCGGAGGCCGUGGCCGACUUCGUCGCGGUAUUGAGAGCAGAGAAUGUGUUCGUCCGUGAAGUGGACAGCCUUGGUGUAGCAUUCCACUCCAAGGACAUGGACAGCGCUGCGCCUGCGCUUCUUGAAGAGCUUCAGAAGGUAAUUCCAGAACCAAAGCGCCGCAGCGAAAAAUGGAUCAGCUCGUCGGUGCCACAGAGUCGCUGGCAUGAGCCCGUUGCUGCGUACUGCUCAGCCGACUACCUUGUUAACAACCUUCUGUCCCCUGUGCUUUUCUACGACGCCCUAAAGCACGUGCCCAAGGACGCCAUUCUGGUCGAGGUCGCUCCACACGAUUUACUUCAGGCGAUUCUACGGCGUACUGUGGAUUCUUCAGCCAACACCUUGGGCCUGAUGAAGCGCAAGGCGGAGAACCCACUGAUAUUUUUAAGCUCAUUGGGUAAACUGCACAACCUCGGUGUCCAGAUGAACCUGUCCCCCAUCUACUCUACCGUGUCAUGGCCGGUUCCACGUGGCACACCAAAUAUCGCGCAUCUUGUCAGCUGGAACCACUCGCAGUCUUGGACAGUCGUCAACUGGAAGGAGUUUCCGUCCUCGUCUCAGGCUUCAGAGGAGAUCGUAGAAGUCGACCUAGAGUCCAACGAAGUGGACAGGUUCUUAAGCGGCCACAUGGCAGACGGCCGUCUGCUGUUUCCUGCGAGUGGACACAUUCUUCUUGCUUGGAAGGCUAUGGCCAAACGCUGCGGCAUGCUUCACGACCACAUGCCGGUUAUCUUGGAAAAUAUUACGAUACAUCGAGAAAUAGUGCUUCCCUCAAGUGGGCCUGUUCGUCUCUCAGUGAGUGUCUUGCCUCUGUCGGGUGAGUUUGAAGUUGGCCACGAUGGGAACGUGGUGGCAACGGGUCGUGUGCGCAUGGCCAAGAAAGACGAGAACGUGCUUGACAGAGGCCCACCUGGAAGGCCGGCCGAGAUGGUUGAUUAUGACCUGGAUGGUGCAGAUGUGUACAAGGAGCUCAGGCUCCGUGGAUAUGAAUACAUUGGAGCAUUUCGAGGUAUUCUCAAAGCUGACGUGCAGAAGCCAUACGGGAAACUUCAGUGGAGAGACAACUGGCUUUGCUUCAUUGACGCAAUGAUUCAGUUCGCUAUCCUGUCUGAACCGCUCCGCAAUUUUGUGACACCAGUAAGAAUUGAGUCCUGCAGAAUAGACCCAAAUAUUCAGGUCGAUGUGUCCAAGACAGUUGGAGAUAUAGGUGUGGACGUUGUCUACAACCACGACCAGAACACGUGCCGUGCCGGGGGUGCCGUGAUUCGAGGUCUCCAUGUAAGCGUCGCCCAGAGGCCCGCCUUGCAACAGACUCCCCUGAUUGAAGCGUACCGUUUCAUUCCCUACGAAGACAAUGAGCAAGCGAUGCGCGACCGGGAAGCGUCCUUGAAGGAUUAUGUUGAGUUCUGCGAGGCCAUCACCUCGCGCAUCGUGAACUGUCGUAGUUACGAGACGCAGCAACAUUUUCCCAACAAAGGCGACGCGUGGGAGCUGAAUGAGCGGGCUCAAAAACCGCGCUUUCCCACUUUUCUGGAAAACAGUGGUCUUCUCAUUGUUUUGGCUGCCAUUGAGGAAUCUGCCAAGUUUUCUUCAUUUGCCGCCAGCGUGCGUGCCGCAUUGGAAGAUCACAAGAGUUUCCUAAACAAUGACUGUCUCAGCACAGCUCUAUUCCAAGAGAAUCCAUUAAGACACCUUCUUGACAUAGUACUAGAGAACACAAGCUAUUCAAAAGUCCGAAUUUUAGAGGUGGCGUCCAGUGAAAAUUGUUUGCUUCUGGCACCAUGGGUAAUUUCCUUGCUUUCCCUGUACAGUACACACUUGGAGACCGAAUACACCGUGGCACAUCCUUUUCCAACAUGUCUUUCGGGACACAAGAUUCCCACGGGUGUCACAGUAAUGACGGGCGACCUGUGUACUGUAUCUAAGAGCGGAUUUCUAGAUUAUGGCUUAGUUAUCAUAGUCAGUGGAAUGACUGGUGCAUCGAAGAACCCAGCUCUUUUGGCUGAAGAACUGUAUUCACAUUGCCGAGAACGAUGCUUCGUGCUCCUGUCGCAUCGAACGGCACUUACUGCAGCAGAGGAGUUCUUGUCGUCAGCCGGGAAUGCGAACUUCCAAGUAUUUUCCGACAGGGAGGUUGUAUCCGCUUUCAAAGCCCAUGGCUUCGUGACCGUAAGUCUCAAGUCUAAUUUCUUGUCGAGCUUAAUGCUUUUGCGAAAGAGAUCGGCGAACUUCGAUGCUACAAAACACAAGUUGCACAAAGUGGAGAGCCCCGGAUUUGAGUGGGUGCCGCCCCUCAAGGAUAAAGUGCUGGACGCUAAGCGUGCCGAAGAAAACAUCUGGCUACUCUCUGCCGACACUGGGCCCAGUGGCGUAAUUGGCCUUGCAAACUGCCUCCGACAGGAGAGUUGUGGACACCGUAUACGGUGUAUUUAUGAUGCAAGUCUGAAAGAGACGAACGGCGGAACCACGUUUGCCCCAAGUGACGCACUGUGUGCUGAUAUCUUGAAAAAAGACUUGGUCAUGAACGUCUACCGCGACGGUCAGUGGGGCUCCUUCAGGCAUGAAACACUGUCCUCUGGCACGACCCCAUUCAUGGGCAUCCAAAUAGAGGAGGCGUUUCGGUUCUUGGUUAGUCGGAAGCAGACAGAAAAAGCCGUCAUUCAGAUACUGCCAGAGGAAACUUUCCAGAACAUCUCUCCGGCGUCACCAACAAUAGCGGAGGCCCGAAGACGCUGCUACUUCUACGAGCACAAAUCGUACGUCAUCGUCGGAGGACUCGGAGGAUUCGGUCUCGAGCUUGCCGAUUGGAUGGUGUCACGUGGCUGCCGGAAGCUGCUGCUUGCGUCGCGCUCCGGAAUUCGCUCCGGUUACCCGAGGCUUUGCCUGAACCGGUGGCACCGCCUCGGUGCUGAGGUCCGAGUCGGCAAAACAGACGUGUCUUCAGAGAACGGGGCUCACGAGAUUAUCGAGGAAGCCGCCGCCAUGGGUCCAGUGGGUGGUAUCUUCAACCUUGCUAUGGUGCUUCGCGACGCCCUAAUUCAGAACCAGACGGUUGAGAUGUACGAAGUGGUAUGGAAGCCCAAAGCCUACGGAACCCAGCGUCUCGAUGAAGUGUCGAGAAAGCUGUGCCCCGACCUCGACCACUUCGUAUUCUUCUCCUCUUUUUCUUGCGGUCGUGGCAACGCCGGACAGACCAACUACGGCUACGCCAACUCUGUGGCAGAGCGCGUCUGCGAGCGUCGCUUUGCGGACGGAUUCCCUGGUCUUGCCAUUCAAUGGGGCCCCAUUGGUGAUGUUGGGGCAAUGAGCGAGAGUGAUGUUCGAACGCCCUGUGGAACCGUGCCACAAAGGAUCAGAUGCUGCCUCGAGGUGCUGGAUGUUCUACUCUGUCAGAGCUGCCCUGUUGUCUCGAGCUUCGUAAAGGGUGAUCCGAGCAGAGAACACGAGGACAAGAACAAGCGCACCCUCUUGCAAUCAGUUACAAACAUCCUCGGAAUCAAAGAUCUAUCGCACGUCAAUGAGAGCGUCACCCUGGGGGAACUGGGAAUCGACUCUCUCAUGAGCGGCGAUGUGCGCCACUUGCUGGAACGAGAAUGCGAGCUGAUGUUUUCAGAGCGAGACAUUUACCAGCUGACGAUUACACGACUUCGCGAGAUUGACAAAGAUGGCUGUAGUACAACGGCGUCCUAAACGCUCGCAUCGCAUGGUUGACUGAUUGCUGAGUGGAACGUCCGCGGUGUCAUACGUGCACAUAUUGUAA